AUGGGCAAGCUCACCACUUUCGGGUUUCUUCGCGAGCAAUGGACGGACCUCCCCAUCUCCACUACGGACGUCAGCGAUCAGUCGCUGGUCGUGGUCGGUGCUAAUGUCGGGCUUGGAAACGAAGCUGCCGUGUAUUUGGCCCAGCUGAAACCCAAGAGCCUGUUGAUCACCAGCAGAGACGAAGUCAAGUGCGAACAAUCAAAAGCAGACGUGGAGACCCGGUCGGGCAUGACUGAUAUCGAAUCCUGGCCUCUUGAGUUAAGCUCAUUCGACUCAGUGCGUUCUUUUGUGAACAAUUUCGAGGCGAAGGGCUGCACAGCAAAUGUUGUGAUCGCCAACGCAGGCGUGUCGACGACGAAGUACACGAAAACUCUGGAUGGCUAUGAAACUUCAUUGCAAGUGAAUUACCUGUCAACCGCUCUGUUGAGCAUAUUGAUGCUGCCUCACCUCAUCAAGACCGGGACUCCUGAACAUGCUUCAAGACUAGUUAUUGUGUCUAGCGUGGCUCAUUUUCAAGCCAACAGGCUAGAAGGAGCAGAGAAAUGGCCUAGUAUCAUCGAAAUGAUCAACGAUGAGGCCGUGAUGAUGAACCGAUAUCAACUAUCCAAACUCCUCGAAGUGAUGUUCAUCCGUGAGCUGUCUUCUCGGCUUUCCACACCAACGUUGGUCGCAGUUUCCGCGGUCAAUCCUGGUCUUUGCCACUCCCGUCUUACACGAGAUGUCGAUCCUUUCUCCAAGUUUUUUAUGAAUAUUCUCCAAGGGUUACUGGCACGCACGACUGAGAUGGGCAGUCGGACACUUGUCCAUGCGGCAAUCGAGCCAGGUGAGAGGGAACGGCAUGGCCGCUACCUGUCGAGUUGCGAAGUUACCGAAGAGAGCGACUAUGCUCUCAGUGCGGAAGGAAGGGAGGUGUCGAAGCGUUUGUGGCAUGAGACCCUCAAGAUUCUUGGAGACAUCGAUCCAAGAGUCAACACAAUUGUGUCUGAGAACCUCAUCAAGGCAUGA